UAGGAGCGGCGGCCAUCUUGUGGAGAAAGCGGUGUUUCCGGCUGGUUGUAGGAGUUUAUUUGCCGCUUCUAAAAAUUACUUUUCAUUUACAAUAUAAUAAGUGUGUAGGGUUUUGAAUACACGUUACAUCCACCAUGACUGAGAGACAGCUAGACUGUGCGUUAGAUUUAAUGCGAAGGUUGCCACCCCAGCAAAUUGAGAAAAAUCUGAGCGACGUUAUCGAUUUGGUUCCUGCCCUCUGUGAAGACUUGCUAUCAUCUGUUGAUCAGCCACUCAAGAUUGCUAAGGAUAAAUCAACUGGCAAAGACUAUCUUCUUUGUGACUAUAAUAGAGAUGGAGAUUCCUACAGAUCACCAUGGAGUAAUUCUUAUGAUCCACCUCUGGAUGAUGGUGCAGUGCCAUCUGAUAGGCUAAGGAAACUUGAGGUGGAUGCAAACACUGCCUUUGAUCAGUACCGAGAAAUGUAUUUUGAGUCAGGAGUGUCUUCAGUAUACUUAUGGGACUUAGAUCAUGGAUUUGCAGGGGUCAUCUUGAUCAAGAAAGCUGGAGAUAACGAUAAGAUCAAAGGUUGCUGGGAUUCCAUCCAUGUUGUGGAGGUUCAGGAGAAAAGUAGUGGCAGACAAGCUCACUACAAGCUCACAUCAACAGUCAUGCUUUGGCUUCAGACAAUUAAGAGUGGAUCAGGAAUCAUGAAUUUAGGAGGAAGUCUUACUAGACAGGCAGAACAGGACACUCCUGUUAAUGAUGCCAAUCCACAUAUUGCCAACAUUGGAAAAAUGGUUGAGGACAUGGAAAACAAGAUGCGAAACACUCUGAAUGAAAUAUACUUUGGUAAAACAAAGGAUAUUGUUAAUUCCCUUAGGAGUAUCAAUAGUCUAGCUGAUCGAGGGAAACAGAAACAAGUACAGCAGGAGCUGUUUAGUGUUCUCAAAAACCGCCAAAAGUAGUUUUUUAAUCUUAGUGACUUCACUCUAGAAACUUGUUGGAAAAACCCUUCAAUUUGGAAUGUGAAAUUAGUUGCUGGGGAUUUUUUAAAAACUGAAAAAAAAAGUCACCAAAGCUUUUGUAUAAUUUUGCUGCAACCAAAUAUUUUUCAGAGAUUGAGAAGGGACUUGGUGAAAAUUACCCUCCAGAAAUCAUUUCAUGAACUUGAGGGGGUAACUUUCUGCUUUAAUUACACGUAUUUUUAAGGAAGCUGUUAUCUUGUAUGUCAUUGGCUUUUGCAUAAAUGCAAGGUCAUGGCUUCUGUGUAAAAUGAGCUCUUUUUGAUUACCCGAGUGAGCUUAGGGUGAACUGUGAUGUUGUGUUGCUUAGAAACCUGGGUGAAGUGCAAUUUUCAAUUGAGCGUGAAAUGUAAUCUGAUAUUGGAGUAAUCUCUCUUCCCAGUGCUGAGUGAUUGCUAUGAAAAGCCACCUUCACAUGUGUGCAGAAACCAAUCAUGAUUUUGUCACUUGUACUCUCCCGUAAUCAAGGCUGGUUUCAUAAGUUGUUUUGUGUCUGAUUCAGCUGCUUUUGCCUUACACAAUAGUUCUGAUUGGCUCUGGUGAUUACUCUGGUCAUGAUUUUAGUGCAUGCAAUUGAAAGCACUCCAUUGGUAGUUACUUGUUAAAAUAAACACACCUCUUGAUUUAUAGAAAUUAAAAUUAACUCAUUGGACUGUUGACCAAGUAAAGGAACUUAUCUUUUUCCUAUCAACUUGUUAAUUCUAUAAUUUUCAUUUAAGUAUUUUGAUCAUAAUUGUUGUUACUUAUACCCCCCUGGAUGAUCAAUGGUUAAUUUUUCUCAACUUUAAGACAAAUAUUUUUCUUUAUAUGUCAUAUGUACGAUUCUUCAAGUCAACUCUAGAAUACACAUGUAUACAUUUUGAUGUCAAAGGCUGUUUCAGGGAAUGCAAAACAAAAUUAUAAAGAACAUAAACAAUCCAAAAACCUGGAAUAAGGAACCUCCUCCCCCACCCCUUCUCAUGGCCUAACAACUUGUUGAAGUGUUACUGUACAUGAUGUGUGAUCUGUACGAGUCUUAAAAAUUAUAAAUAGAAUCCAUAUGAUAAAAAGGCUUAUUACGGAGAAAUUUGUUACACGCUCAGUAACUUUUUUUCCCUUAGAUUCUGAGAGACUCUUAAAACUCUCUUCUUAAUAAAACAUUUGUUAGAGACAGUUACUUUGCGAGGUUAUUUUAGUGGUUGAAUAUCAUUGCUUCUUCAGAUCCUGUUUUUGUUGUUGUUGGUUCUCUACCUAAGCUCAAGGUUAAUAAUUAUUAAAGAGUUUAAAACAAA